GUCAUACAGUGUUCUAAAUAUCUUAAACACUAGUUUGACAUCGUAUCUCCCAGAGGUACAGACCACAAGAAAAAUGGAAAAAGCAGGUACUCCCCCAAAGGUCCUUCCAGAAAGAGUCUUGCCUCUUUGGCUCAUCCAGCGGUUCCUCAUCUGGCCCCUACUGACCUGCCUCCUCGCAUCUGAAGUCCUGUGCUAGCCCAUCACUCGGUAAAAUGUCUGCUCCAGGAUCCUACCAGGCGGCUGCUGGACCUUCCUCGGUGCCAACUGCGCCCCCAUCCUAUGAAGAGACAGUUUCUGUUAGCAGUUACUACCCCACACCUCCAGCACCCAUGCCAGGGCCGGCCACGGGGCUCAUGACGGGCCCGGAUGGGAAGGGCAUGAAUCCGCCUGCGUACUACACCCAGCCAGUGCCUGUCCCCAAUGCCAAUGCAAUUGCUGUGCAGACAGUCUACGUGCAGCAGCCCAUCUCCUUUUUCGACCGCCCGGUCCAGAUGUGUUGUCCUUCCUGCAACAAGAUGAUCGUGACUCAGCUGUCCUAUAAUGCCGGCGCCCUCACCUGGCUCUCCUGCGGGAGCCUGUGCCUGUUGGGGUGCAUCGCGGGCUGCUGCUUCAUCCCUUUCUGUGUGGACGCCCUGCAGGAUGUGGACCACUACUGUCCCAACUGCAAAGCUCUCCUGGGCACCUACAAGCGUUUGUAGGACUCAGCCAGACCUGAAGGGAGCCGUGUGCUGCAGGAAGGCCUUUCUGACUCUCACCCAGCCCCGCCCCUGGUGAAGGCUCCAUUUUGGUGGUCUCAUCUCUCCAGGGUCUCCACCUUCGUGUCUUCUUUUGGGGGGAAAAUAUCGCAAAAAUAACACACCUCCAAACCCCAGAAAUUGCUGCUUGGAGCCGUGCACAGGACAUGCAAAGACAUUCUCCUUGAGUGCUGGUUCAAGGGUUUCCUGCCUCCCCAUCUGUGACCCCAAGUCAUCCCAUCCAACUGUGAGCAUUGUGCCGUCUGAGUAUCUUCUGGUGAUUUGCCACUGGCCAGCUUCUUUUUUUGCCUCAGUGGGCCUUUCUCUUGGUGGUCUCAAACUGAGAAGCCCCAGAUUGCCUUAUUUUUGAAACUGUUCUGGCCCCAGUACGGCUGAACCAACCUUUAGUGCCUACUGUCAUAGCCAUCUGUUUCCACUUCUGAUGACAAAAAUCUUGCCUUACAGUCUAAGGGCUUGGCUCUCAGAUUCUGUAACUGCAGGCUUUUAAAUAGCACACAAAUUCACUUUAAUUUCUUAAUUCGUUUUUAAGUACAGGGAGGGGUUAUUCACACCCAUCAGACACAUAGCCUUGAGGUCAUACACGCAGGCUAGGAAUAGAAGGCUGGAUCUUUUCACUGAUCUGCCUUCUUUGGACCAGAUCCUCAGCCACUUUCCACGAAGGGCUUUUUUUUUGGUAGAGGAAUUGUUUGUAUUAACAGUUUUUGUGACCUCCUUUUGGUCUUAAACACCUUUGAACAUAAUUUUGAAAGGAGGGAUUUAUAGAACUGUUUUCCGUAACUAUAUGACUGGUAUCAUUUUCCCGUUUGCCAAUGCACUCUCACUUUUUUUUUUUUUUUUUCCUUAACAGAAAAAGUAAUGGGGAUAAUUUCAUCCACUGCCUUUACUUGGGUUUAGUGUUGUUCCUAAAGACCUUCAUAAUGGAACUCUUAAAGCGGGUCCCCUUUUAGGUUCCUGGUGGAUAUUUGGAAAGACAAAGGAAAGCGUGUUUGAGCACGUCUGAGUACCAUGGUGCUGAAAAGUGUGGGGACCUGACUGUUUCAAAGGCAUCUGAAGUCUGGAUUUUAUUUUUCAGAAA